AUGGAGAAGUGUUUCUUCUUUGUAGUUGCCUUUCUGGUCCAUGGAUUUGUCGACGACGGAGUGGUUUUUGGGCUGGACAACGGCUUAGGAAGUCUUAGUUUUGCUUCGUGGAGCACGUAGCUGGCAAUUUGAUUGAUCUUCAGUUAACAGAAAGAGAAAGUGGCGGUCGGGAAAAGUCCAUUUUAAUUUUUCCAUUUUCUCUUAAUCGAACAGUGGGCUGGAUGGACUGGGAAAGGUUCAGAUGCAACUCAAAUUGCAUCAAAUAUCCCAACGACUGCAUAAGGUGAGCAGUGCGUUAUAGAUAAACCUUCAUCAAAUCUAUUUUAGAUGUGUCAUUCCACAAGUUGCAAGUAACUGACAGGGGGUUAUUACAACAGUUAGUAAUCAGCAGAGGUUGACUCAGACUCACACAUACACGUACAUUGUCGACAUUGGCUUUUCCGGGGGGGAGGGGGUUGAUCCUCACAACACCCCCGGAACACCCGGGGGUUUGGGAGGGGAUUCGUAGAGUUUGGAGAAAUAAUUUUCUCCAUGGGGUAGGGGCAGUCUUUGGUGUAUUCCAUGUUUUGUCCCACCAUUUCUUGCUUGAAUAGAACUUUCCACAUUUUUUUCCAACUUUGGCAGGGACAAAUAUUAGGGUAAAACCAUUGACUGCACUGGAAAGAGCACCUUUAACUUAGUAAACUUGCCAAGUUUGAAAGUGAUUUGUUGAAAUCUAAUGAAGAUAUAGCUCUUCAAAGUCGCGAAAUUUUACAGACAUUUGUACUGUGGGGGCACAGACUUGUCUCCCACCAUAAAAAUGUCUGUAAAUUUUUGCCACUUUGUGGAGCUACCAUAAAAUUCUGAAAAUAAGCCCCUCCAUGUAUGAGUCCCUCCAAAUAAAAGCCCCCAAAAUCAUAAUGCAAAAAACCCUCUGUUAAAUCGCCCCUCCAAAUAUAAGCCCCUGUGGGGGGGCUUGUACUUGGAAUUUGCCCUCGAAUACAAAGUAAAACAAAGCAAAAAUGGUAAAUUUCCUUCCCACUGCAAGCUAGUAGCCCAAUCGAUUUUGAAACACAAAUUUCCCCCCUUUGAUAAGCCCCUCCAAAAAUAACCCCCUCAAAAAGGGCCUUUGAAAAAUAUAAGCCCCGGGGCUUAUUUUCAGAAUUUUAUGGUAUAUCUUCACUCGCUUAAGAAGUAUCACUUUCAAACUUGGCAAGUUUACUAAUUUUAAGGUUCUCUUUCCAGUGGUGGCGACGGAGUUUCCCUAACUCAUCCACUAAAAAAAGUUGAAAAAACCGUGGAAGGGUCUGUUUGUUCUUAGUAUUUAUAAUUAAACACUUGCUCGCCAGCGUGGUGGCACCAAACCCACUGAAACAUAAAUAUGUAUGCGACAAAUGAAUUAGAAAACAAUUGGUGAAAGGAAAACAUAAUCAAUAUGUCUCCGGCCUAGUACCACAAAUGAUUUUCCCUACGGGGAGCUUCUAGCCGAUAAAUAACUUACAUAUAUUCUGGCGUCUCUACCCCCAGGGAGAGGGAGUUAGUCUAUUGGUUCAUGUAGUCUUUUGUUUCACCCUAGCUAAAAAAAAAUCUUAGGAUGUCCUCAGGCGGUCAACCCUUAAGAAAGCCAAUAAUGAGUGCAAAAUGGGUUUGAAAUUUACACAGAAAGUGAUAAAUUGCUCUGAUUUUAAUCAUUACAGUGAACGCUUGAUUAAACAACAGGCAGACCGGCUUGCUGAGGAUGGCUAUAAAGAUGCUGGGUAUGAGUAUGUCAGCAUUGAUGUGAGUGUUGCAAUAUUUUAUUAUUAACUAAGCUAAGAAGGAUGAUGGGGUAUAGUGCAGGAACUACAGCCAGGAGGUUAAGGGGACAGGAAUUCUACAGGACAUGGAAUAUCAGGCAAGCACGUGUGCCUAAAUCAUACCAUCCAAAUUAAAAAGAAGAGCCAAAGAGUACUAGGAACAAUUGAUCAGAGCUGGGUCUGAGAAAUUUUUGAAUGUUAACAAAUUUGAAUCUGAGUGUAUGAGGUUUAAUAUAUUAUGCCAUCACAGCAAUUAUUGUCAGUAAUAAUGAUUUGAAUAAAUAAAUGUAGUAAAAUAAUGCUAUUUAAGGCAAGAAUUCAACUGAUUUUUCAUUAAAACUUGUGAUAAGUUGAAAAGAAGUAGUUAGUGUACAGUUUACAAAUGGGUAUAAUUAAUAAAUGAAAUUAAAGUUUAUAUGAUUUGAUUUUGUUUAAGAAAAAGGACCUGCCUGCAUGUGGGCACAACACACACACAUACACACAUGAUUUGAAUGCUUAUAAAGUAAAACAAAUGUUUAAGUAUGCAGUCUUCCAACUUAUAAAUAUAUAAAUUAAUUAAUAAUAAUUCAUAAUAUAUUUAAUUAACGGCUAUGGCAGUGAUUUUGUUACAAAUAGUUAUGGUGAGUCCUAGGACUCAUCUUGUGAACAAAUCAUGAGUCCCACUACAGAACCAGAUUGACUCCCAUUUCAAAAAAUAACAAGUCCUACAUUGAAAAUGCUUGGGCCUUUAUGUGACCAGAUAGUUAAAAUAUAUUCUUUUGUAAACCACACUGAAAACUAAAAGAAAUAUGCGUGGUUAAACAACAGACACAAGAACAGCCACAGAAAUCACACGAACAGGAUAUGCUACAAAAACAUCCUCAGAUCGAUCAGUUGAUCAAUAUUUGCAUCCUACGGGAUGCAUGCCAUGAACUUUUGUGUGUCUUUGGAGAUUUUUAUGCAUCAGGGACACAGGAUGCAGAGUUAACAAAAUUAUACUGCUAUGAUUGACUUUUUUUAGGACUGUUGGUCAAACAAGAAACGAGACCCUUCUGGUAGUCUUCAGCCAGACAGUACCAGAUUCCCCAGUGGAAUGAAGGCCCUUGCAGACUAUGUGAGAUGUUUAAUAUAUAGUACAUUAUUAAUUUUGAGUAUAUAGAUAAGGUAAUUCCCAUCAAAAGGACAUUCCAUGCUGGUUUUUACCCUAUGUGCCUGUUUAUGUAAGUGAAGUUGCAAUGAAUGUUAUGCGCACUAAGUGAUGUGCAGUGCAAAACAAGGGAACUAUCUUAAGUAGUUUUCUACCUUUUGACUGCAGAUGUACUGUGGGUUUAUCAUUAGUUAGGGGAAUGGGGCGGUGGUACGUACUCGAGAAGGUUUUGGGUGGCUGUGUCUUGCAAAGGUCUCUAAAUUUGCACUCCAUUUAAAAGGAUUUGCAUUGAAGGCAAAGCUAGAUGUAUGUUUAAGAUUUAUGGUAGAUAAUGGAAAAGGCAUACAUGGGCCAAGGAGGUGCAAAGAUGGCUGUAGUGUUAUCCCUGAUUUGAAUUGUUAAUAUGUUAGCACCAAGACGUUUUGCAACUCUUCCAUGGAGGAGAUGCUAGUCCAUUGCAGGGUUCUCCCCUGAGCAGUUGGUUUCCAGUAUCCAUUUUUAAAUAAGAAUUUAAAAUACACCUGGGUGGAGAAAGAUAAGGUGGAGCAACGAUUUUUGUCUCAGGAAACAAUGACUUAGUGAUUUCUAUAUAUUUAUUUCCUAGCUUAAUACUAUUAAUUUGUGUUUCCAAAAACUGGUAUUAUGCCCUGUUCUAGAUGUCUCAGAUGGUGUAUCCUGUCUAGAUCAAACUUCCCUCAGAGGUCAGCAAGGCAUAUCACUGUAUAUAGGCACAGUGAGGGAGAACCCUCCAGCCUGGAUUAAGUGCAGUGAAGGUGUUUGCAAAAUCAAAAUAAAUUAUUACCCCUGAGAACAUGAAUUUCCUUGGCAAAAACGUUUUGUACUCUAUUUUGAUAUUAAUUGUCUGUAAAUCAAAACAAUUUGAUAUUCCAAAUUAAAAAUAUAUUUUUGUUUAAGAGUUGCAGCACUCUUAGGUUUUGUGAUUUUACUAAUUGUUUUACUCUUGUGAUACACAGUUGCAUGGCAAAGGACUGAAACUUGGAUUGUAUGCCGGUAUGUGUCAACUUAUCAAAAUGUUAAUGAGAAAGCUGAAUCAACAACUUAUCAUUAGCCAUCCCCCCCAGCUUUAAACCAGGGGUCAUCUGGUGGCCUUGUCCAAUUCUGUGAUUUUGAAAAGUAGAAUCUCGUCAUUAUUUUGAGAGUUAGAAUCACGCCAGUCUUAAGUCAUAUGAGAAAAAGGGUGGCUUAAGAAAUAGCUUUUAGUUGUAUUUAAAUUAAUUAUCUUUUUAUUUGUGGAUCAGAUUAUGGUUUUCUGACAUGUGUUGGUUAUCCAGGAAGUAUUGAACACAUUGAACAGGAUGCAAAGGUAAAACAUUGAAUUUAAAAUAUAUUUUUAAACACACUUUUGAGCCCUUCAAAUAUUACUGUAUAUGUUACUUCUUUAUUACCUCAGAUAGUUUACUCAGGGGCAGAAUUGUUGAGACUUACAAAACUGGAGGAAGGAGGGUAAUGGUAAUCUUCAGAAAAAAGAUUGGGUUAUUGAGGAUGUAGUGUUUUCAGUUGCUUUUUAUGUAAUAAUGAGCCAAACAUAAAACCGGGGUUUAGAAAUUCAUAUUAAGUUGAAGAAGAAAAAGCUGACAUUUUGCAUUUUUAUUGAUAACACAGACCUUUGCCAGCUGGGAAAUUGACUACCUCAAAGUUGAUGGUUGCUUUUCUGACCCAUCUACGUUUGAUGUCGGUUACCCCAAGUUCACAGAGGCUCUAAAUGCAACUGGACGGCCAAUCCUACUAAGUUGUGAAUGGCCAGAUUACCAGCAAAAAAUUGGCAUCAAGGUGUGUAAAUCAAACAGUCAGAUGGGCAGUAAAGUAGAGCUAAUUGGUAGCAUGACAUCCAACAAGAUUAAUUAAUUUCUUUAAAAUACUUUUUCAGAAGGUGUUAAUAAUUAACUAGAAUUCGAACAUGUUCUCUAUUAGCAUAUUUUUCAUAAACCUCAUCUGCAUGUAACAAGAGAAAAAUCAAGUCCUUUCAAUGCUUUACAAGUAUGUGGGAGACAACCCCCUGUGAUAAAUCACUAAUGAAUAUAAGUCCUGCUUUGUAAAGGACUUGGCUUGCUCCUUCUUUUUUUCAGGGAUUUAUCAACAUCCACCAUCAAAAAGAUAAUAAUUAUACAUAUUCUGUAUCAGCCUCUCACCACACUUCUUUCAGGGGGAAUUUAAGUUUCAUUUCUUUUGUUUGCUUCAUUUAUGUUUUCUGAUCCCUCCCCUCUCCCUAAGAAUUUUCAAUGCAUGUCCUCAGUGGACCUAAAAGUACGUAUGUUUUAUAACCAACAACUGCAUAUUCAAUUAUUUGUCAUCUUCUGGAAAUUUUAAAAGAUAAAAACUUUUUAGCAAUUAUGAUUAUAGUAGGCAGCGUGGCUGAGUGGUCAGUAUGUCCGACUUGCAAUUACCUGGUGGUCCCGCUCUGGUCUCUGGCUCAGCCGGAUUUUAAAUCCUUGGCCACUCUUGUAAAUAGCCAAUUGGUUGUCUCCUGGCAGUUGGGGUUUUUAAUCUUGUUACGCUUAAUUAAUUAUAUUUGAAUUAUUUGUUUCUAAUUAUUUUAGUGGAAUGCCUGUAAACUAGCUGGAUAAAUGAGAUCAACUAUAAACAAACCUUUAACCUUCUUUUUUAAACUUUUAAUAUUAUUAUUCAGUUGGACAAAGCCUUCUGGUUUAACACCUAUUUAAGAUCUCUAAAACAUAGUUUGUUUUAAUUUAGCUUAUAUAAGAGUUCUCUCUCAUUACAGCCUGACUAUGCUGCUAUAGCGAGAAAAUGUAACACCUGGAGAAAUUAUCAUGAUGCUCAGGUUGGGUUUUAAUAUUUUAUCAUUUAAUGUUUUUGGUUAGCUGAAUUUGGUUUUCAGUGCCGUAUUUAGUGAUUGCCAGAAUGGGACUGUUUAAUAAUGAGAAACACAUGAUUAAUGACACGUUGUGGGUUGAGUGCAAAUGAAAAGGUCUCCAGAUUAAAGUUCUUCAGAGGUUGGCCUUCUUUGUACUCAUGACACUUUGCUGUUGGCAGUCUAAGAACAUUAAUUUUCAUUUGCUCAUGUUUAAGCUUUGAUACAAAGCAAGAUGAAAAAACCCUGAAUACCAACUUGACAUAAAUAGUAUAUAUACAUGUAACACUGACAUUAAUUUUUGAAAUUGCAGGACAAAUGGUCAAAUGUCUUAAGCACUGUUGAUCACUAUGCUGAAAACCAAGACACUUUUACAGAAGCAGCAGGACCUGGCCACUGGAAUGAUCCAGAUAUGGUGAGAAUACUGUGUACAGUCAUUCUGAGUCUUCUCUGAGGCAGGGAUGGGGGAGAGGAGGGUCAAAAGUUACAAUGGAGGUGAAAAGUCUCACUUAAGGUGACUCGACCCAGUUUUUUUUUGGGGGGGGGGUACCAUCCUACUUUGAAGCUCUCUGGUAUCCCCACCUUUACUUUUAUCGUAAGUCUAACACAUAGAAUGGAUAACAUAUAGAUCAAUCUACAAUAUAACAUAAAAUUUUUGGCGAUCGGAGUAAAUGUCACGUGGUUAUAAUGCCACGCCCUUUGAGGUCUGAGUCGGCAUUUUUUCGUGAAAAUCUGCUGUUGCGCAUUAGUUUUUUCGUGAAAAUUUUACCAAAAUCGCUACACAUAGUCAGCGGCAAAUUAGUGCCUUCCCGCGCUGAACAGAGUUCAAUAAAAUCAGUAUAUUAGAAAAGACCCAAUUCGAGAAAUUCAGGAGUUUCCAAAUUUAGGUCAUAAUUGCCCCGAGGAAUAAGACUCAGGCCCAAACAAGCAAGACGAGUGAACAAAGGCUAGCUUAUCUGUCUAGCAGAUUGAUGGACAUUUACAGAAAAUCGUCGACAAUCAAAUUCGGUGCUGACUUAUUCCCUGCUCACAGAUGUUCUUCCGUUAUAAAGUUUCAAAUAAGAAGAGAAAGAACUUCUAAUUAAAUCUUUUCUUAUGGUUUAGAAUAAAGCAUCAAAACUGAGAAUGUUUUGAUCAAAGCUGUGUAAAUCGAGCUGAAACUGUGCAUGGAACCUUCGUUUUAAUUUCUAAGGCUAUGUACUUGGAAUAUGUGUGAAAAACUUCAAAUCAAAUGGGUAGUUAGUUAAUCAUUUGUGGCCCUAUAUCUAAUAAACUAUGAGAUUCAUCCUUUUAUUUUGGGGAUCGUUAAAAAAUUUGAAGGCAAAAAAAACUAAGAAUUUAAAGUUAAGAAAAUAGUUUUUUUUUCAAAUUUUUCAGGGCCACAAUUGAGAAGGACUCUUAAUUUCAUGGUCAUUAAAAAAAUGUCAACAAAUAGCUGAAAAACUAUAAUUUCUAUAUGUUUGUUUUGUCUGUCAUUAUACAGCAUUCUUGUUCAGCACGCAUGCAAAUAGAAGGGAUUCCCGUCACGAGUUGGUUUUACUUUGCAUUAAACCUAUGAAAAAAUAUAUUUUUUUUUAGUAAAGAUUUUUUGCUUGAUUUUUUGCAAGGACCCAUCUGUUAAAACGAUCCCCAAAAUAAAGGGUUAAGUCUCAUAGUUUAUUAGAUAUAAUUGAAGGUAAAUUUUUGCUUUUAUCAUUUUCGCUAAAAUAAAUUAUGACCUAAAAUUCGGAAACCCCUAAAUUUUUCGAAUUGCAGGGGUCUGUUUAACGAUCCCCAAAAUAAAGGGUUUUUAGUUUAUUAGAUAUAAACUCUGUUCAGCGUAAAUUAUGACCUAAAGGCACUAAUGUGCACUAUGUGUAGAAACUCUGUUCAGAGAUUUUCGAGAGAUUUUCAAAAAAUGCCGGCAACAGCAGAUUUUCGACUCAGACCUCAAAGGGGCGUGGCAUUAUAACCACGUGACAUUUACUCCGAUCACCAAGAAUUUUAUGUUAUAUUGUAGAUUGAUCUAUAUGUUAUCUAUUCUGUGUGUUAGACUUACGAUAAAAGUAAAGGUGAGGAUACCAGAGACCUUCAAAGUAGGAUGGUACCCCCUCAAAAAAACUGGGUCGAGUCACCUUAAGAUCACUUAACUAAGAGGACUUGCCACUUCUCCUCUUUGGCGCCCAAAUAAUGUUGAAUUUUCAGGAAGAUGGGUACAGAUAAGUUUGAAAAACUGGGGGGUUUUUGGCUUUGGUGCAUCACAUGCCUAAGCAUGGUCAAGAUGAAAAGAGUUGAGUUAGGCAGGUUACCUUAUCCUCCUAAGGUCCCUGUGACUUCCAUGUUAACCUUUUAAGUCCCAAUGGUGACCAACAUCAAUUUUCUCCUAACAAUAUCCAUACAUUGUCAAGAGAUUAGGUUAUGAGAAUUAACAAAUGAUCACCAAAGAGAAAAUGCUUUGAUCUUUUCUUAAAUUCUCUCAACUAAUUCUUAAAGGAAAUGCAUAAGGAUCAGUUUGGAGAAUUUGUAUGUUGAUAUUGGGACUUAACAGUCACAAUGUAAACUGGUUUUUAUCAUGAUGCAAUGAUUCACACUGUAUUUGCUAUCUAAAAUGUGUGAUAGAGCGUGUAGGUUUUGCUUUUGCUAGCAUGUUAAGCUGUCAGUGGGAGAAUCACAUUUUUAAAUAUUAUUAUAUUUCUUCUCUCCAUACAGCUUAUAGUUGGUGAUUUUGGGCUGAAUUUCGAACAGUCAAAAGCACAAUUUGGUCUUUGGUCAAUCCUAGCUGCAGUAAGUUUUAAGAAUGUGUGAGCAUUAGAUUUUCAGUCAGAAUGAGUUUGUUUGAUAUAAUUCAUCAAGGAGGAUUAAGUAUUCUAUGUGUUUCAUAACUUGGCUCUCUAGAGAGUUUUCAGAAUAAUAAAAUAUUUCAAUGUCACUGCUGUUGAUUUCUACUCAUUUCUUUUUUCUUUUACUGUGUGAUGAUAUCAGUGAUAGUUUAAAGCUCAUUAUCUGCACAGAAAUUUUUCAUGGCUGCAUAAUCAAAAUGAAAUAAUUCACUAUUAUAAUUUUACAAUUAUAAUAAUUAUUUUAUGCAAAUAUUUUUAAAGUAAUUUUUAGGAAUAAUAAUUUGGCUUUCAAUUUUUUAAUAUUUUUAUAAGCUGGGAACAGUACAAUCAUUUGUGCCACUAUCAUCUUUUUUUAUCUUCAGCCUCUUAUUAUGUCCAAUGAUUUAAGGAAUAUUUCAACACAGGCCAAAGAUAUUCUUCUCAACAGGUAAAAGUAUUUUAAUAAACUAAGCAUAAAACAAUGAUGGGCAGUUUUGAAAAUCUGAAAAUGUACUGGCAGUUGUCUCCAUUCACAAAUGCGCUGUUUCUGUUUCUUUCAAACAAUAAUCAGAGAGUACUUACAGAGCUCCUGGAGAAGGAACAUAAAUUUGAAUUCAAUUUUCACUAUAAAUUCCCCUUUCCUUUCAGAGAAGUAAUUGCUGUUGAUCAAGACAAGCUUGGAAUAAUGGGUCGGAGAGUGGUGUGUAUGAUUCUCCCAUUAGUUGUUUGAUUACAAAAUGAAAAAUAACAUAACAGAGUAUUGCUUAACUCUCCCUUUUGUCUUCUCAGAUGAAACAAAACACUUCGGAAGUGUGGUCACGACCUCUUUCAGAUGGCAGUGUCGCUGUUUUGUUAUUCAAUCGCAAAUCUGAUGCAGCUAUUAUAGAAGCAGAUUUUAAGCUGGUAUGUAUCAACUGUUGAUGAUAGAGAUGGUGAUGCUUGAUGAUAGUAAUAAUGGUGAUGAUAAGUCUGAUAUUGAUGAUAAUGUCAAAUGUGGCAAAGGACAAGGCAAAUGAUAAUCGAGACUAGCCCACAAGUAGACUUUUCGAGCCACGAAGUCAAAGAUUGAGCAAAGAUCAAAAGAUGUGACUAGUUUAUUUGUCUUGCCUACAGUGAUUCAAAUUUAAUAUGCAUAUUGUGGGGCAAAAAUGUUUCAGAGUCUCAGUUAUCCAUGACUGGCAAGUACAGCUGGCAAGUGCAACAACAAAUUUGAAGGAAGUAGUGUGUCUUUUGUAUACAGAGUGUCCUAAACUCAUCAGGCAAGAAAUUUCAGUUUCCCUCUUGACUGACCACGCGUUAAAACAGACUUUUAGGAAGUCUAAUGAUGAUGAUGAUGGUUAAGUACGUAGUAAUGGCGAUUGAGGGUGAUGAUGAGUGUUAGUGUCAGUGGCAGUGAUGGUUGUUUGGACAGAGCAGAAGUGUACCAUUUUUUUGACUGCCUGUUUCAUUCAAAUCGAAUCAGAAUCAGAUUAAAGUCAGCUAAGGAGAAGGCAUCAUUCACAUAAAAUAUCGCUUGAGAUUUCAAGAAACAGAAUAGUCACAUUCCUACAAGCCAAUAUUAAAUCAUCAAGUUUUCUCACUCUCAGGUCUAGGCUGCAAAAAAAUUCAAAACCAUACCCAUUGUUCUCACAUCCCCUUUCUUUUUUGGUUUUGCAGAUCGGAAUUACAUCAAGCACAGCCAAGGCUAGAGACCUGUUUGCUCAUAAAGACCUGGGAAAGUUUACGAAGGUCUUUAGUUCCAAAGUUAACCCAACAGGGCUGGUGAUGGUUAAAUUGACUCCAGUUGAAGAUGUUUUUAAGGAGAGCUGAGAUUCAUUUGAAAUAACAGGCUUUGUUUAUCGCCUUUACAGUUUUUUUUAAACUUGUGGAUGAAACCUUAAAACUGUGACCACUCUUAAACAAGCAAUGGAG